AGGCCUGGGUCUAUCUUGGAAUCCUCCUGCCUCAGCCUCCCUGAUGGCUGGGAUUACAGGUGCUAUCCUUCAGAUUUUCUGAGUUUCUUCAAUGCAUUUACACUAUGACUUGGUUUACUAAAAUCUGGUUACUAUAGUUUUAUUAUUAAUAUAAGCAGCUAACAUUUACUAAGAAGCUCAAUGUGUUAGGUGCCACUUAUUCAAUAUGCUAGGCAUAUAUAAAAUGCCUCUUAGGCAUUAUCUGAUUUAACCAUCCCAAUAAAUCUAUCAAUAGAUACUUAUGUUGUCGUCAUGUUGCAGAUAGGCAAACCAGCUCCAUGGCUAACUGUCUAGCUCGCCUAAAGUCACUGAGGUGCAGAAUGGCAACACUGGAACACAAAUUCUCUUCAUUUCAAUCUGGCUGUUGCACACACUGUUAACCCCAUGACUCCUAGGCUGGGUGCCUCGUCUAGGAGGCACUCGGCAUUCCUUCUGAGGAGCCAUGGUCCUCUGUGCCGCCUGCCUUCACAGAUGGGAUGAUAGAUUGGAGAUCGGAUAGUUCCUUUGAUUUCAGCUUAAUUCCUGGAACAUAAUGUGGUGAUCUUUCCAUUAAGAAACGCUUUCAGACUUUCCCUCGGAUGAGUAAUAGUGGAUUUCAUCGAUUAUUUUGAAUCACACGAAUGAUAGGAUGAGCAAAAAAAGAUACAAACUGGCUUUGAAUUCCUAAUUUGGUUCUUGAUGUUUAUUUAUUGUCUAAGUCUUAACAGCAUACACAGUGAGACAUCACAUUAUUUUGCAACAUAUUUUGCGAUGUAUUCAUGUUGUUAUUUUGCAACAUAUUAAGGCAGAAAAAGCCACAUCCAGAAAAAAAAGUAAAAUUAAUUUUACACAUAUACUUUAUAGCAACAAUAUGAAAUAGGCAAGGUGGAUUAUUUGCCCAUUUUGCAAAUAAGGGAGAGAGUCACAGAAAAAGGAAGUGGCUUGCCCUGGGCUCCUGAGCUGGAACCUCGUUCAGUGUUCUGCUUAUACUAGGCCACCUCUGUAUUGUAAAAGGAGGCCCUGUGGCCACAGCCUGGUAUGGCACAACCUCCAGUACAGUUAUUGCAUGUCCUGAAAGGAGUUCAGAUACUUCCUGGCAGAUAGAACCAAAUGACUGCUGUUCUGGAGGCUGCGGGUACCAGGCUGUGCCACAGAGGUUCCUGUAUCAAUAACAACCUGUGCCCAGGGAUGAGGACGCAGUACCAGCCAUUCCCCUGCUCAUACCUGUGCAGUGUGAUAAAGAAAGAAGAAUUCAUCUGCAGCUGUGGCCCACCCAGAUAAAACUUUUAGGCGGGAAGUCAAGUGACAAGGGAACAUAUGUGUGGUUUUUUUUAAGUGUUAGGUUUUUAAAAAAUAUUUUUAACAAGAUUUUAGGCUGCUUGUGGAAGCCAGACCAAAUAACAGGAAGAUAUUGCAGCAAGAUGGACUUGGAAGAGGAUCAGUCUCAUUUGCAGCUCCAACAGACACCUGACCAUCAUCAAAGAGAGACUCCUACUCCAGAAAUCAUUGGAACUUGGAGCUUGCGGAACCGAGAACAACUCAGAAAAAGAAAAGCUGAAGCACAAGAAAAGCAAACUUCACAAUGGGCAUUUCGAGAACAGAAGAAACGCAAGUGGCAAAAAACAGGAAAAGGAAAAGGAAAAGGCCCGAAGAGACAACAAAAUGCAGAACCAAAGAUAGAGCCUCCGUCACAAAUAGCAAAGAAAAUGAUGGAGGAAGCACUGGUACCUAAAGAGGAAGAAAAUGAGUCACGUGGGAGAGUAGCUGAAGCCCCUGCUUUGGUAGCUUCCCUAAAAAACACUGUGGCUGAGGAACAUUCUUUUGAACUACCUCAAGAAAGCAUUACAUACCAGGAAAAUUCUUCUGAGUGCCAAGAAAUAGUGGUACAAAACCAUUCUUCUGAAACAUGCCAACAUAUGGCUGAACCUGAAGACCUUGCUCCUAAAAUGUGCCAAAAGAUAUCUGUACUUCAAGACCAUUCUUCCAAAGUAUGUCAAGAUGUGGCUCAGCCUGAAGUUCUUGCUCCUAAAACAUGCCAAGAAGUAGCUGUGAUUCAAGCUCAUCCUUUCAAAAUAUGGCAAGAUACAGUUCAGUCUGAAGUCCUUGUUCCUCAAAUGUGCCAAGAAACAAGUGUUCCCAAAGCCCCUUAUUCUACAACCUAUGAAGUUGUUGCUGACCAGGAAGGGUGCACUCCUGAAGCAGCCCUCAAACUGGAUGUGCCUAGAGACUACGCAGAGGACACAGACGAAGCCACAGCUGGACCAGAAAAACCCACUUUGAGACAAGAUCAAGCUGAGACUGAAGGCUUCUUUCUCCAAACACAAGAAAUAGCUCAGCCUAAAGACCUUUCUACAAAAACAUACCAAGAAACAAUGGAAUCUGAAUACUUUUCUCAUAAAACAUACAGAGAAAUGAAUGUGCCUAACAGUCUCUCUCAUAAAACAAUCCAAGAAACACCCAAGCCUGAACAAUAUUUGCCUGAAAUAAACCAAGAAACACCUGGGCCUGAAGAAUAUUCACCUGAAAUAAACCAAGAAACACCUAGGCCUGAAGAAUAUUCACCUGAAAUAUACCAAGGAACACAUGAGCCUGAAGACCUCUCUACUAAAACAUAUAAAAAUGAGCAUGUACUUAAAGAACAUCUUCCAGAACCAUACCAAGAAACAGGCAAGCCCCAAGGCCAGGAUCCUAAAGCACAUGGAGAAGAUGCUAAGGAUGUUUAUACUCUUCCUCAAGAAAUGCAAGAAAAACCCAAAGUAGAAGAACCAGAAGUAGCAGCAAUUCCACAUGUUCAAGAGAUUCAUCCAGAAAACGAUGUGUAUAACUAUGUUUUGUUUUAACAAUGUUCAACCAUAAAGUUGUAAUCCAAUGGAAUGUACAUCUUAA